CUGGAUAACUCGGCUGAUCCACUUUCAACAAAUCGAAAUCGUGGCGGAGGAGGAGGAGUUAAUGCGAAUUUUGAGGAUGAAAGUGGAGAGGGAAAUAGUAUUCUACCAAAACAGGCGAAUGGAGAAUAUAUCAGUUUGACUGCGCAGGAUUUGAAUGAUUCGGAAGAUGAUGAUGAUGAUGGGGUAAGGGGUUUUUGAUUGGAAAUUUUGAUUUUGAACAAAAAAUUGAAAAUCAGGUUUAGGCUCAUUUUGAAGCUCUUGAAAUUAUCUACAAAAUGAGUCUAAAUUUAAUUUUUCAAAAAUUAAAUUCAGGAUUUUUGAUAAUCUUUUAAUUUUUUUUUUUUUGAAAAAUAUUUUGGCUGAAAUUUUCGCCUAAAAUUCAAGAAUUUCGAGCUCAUCUUGUAGCUCUUGAAAUUUUCAAAAAAUUAAAUCCAGGAUUUUUGAGCUAGAAUUUCAAAAUUUAUUUUUUAUAAUCUUUCAAUUUUUAAAUUUUGAAAAAUUCAGCUUUUGGACCAAAAUUCACAAAAAUCAAAAAAAUAUUUCGAGCUCAUCUUGUAGCCCUUGAAAUUCUCUACAAAAUUAGCCUAAAUUUAAAUUUUAAAAAAUUAAAUUUGGGCUCAUUUUGUAGAGAAUUUCAAGAGCUAUGAGUUGAGCCUAGAUUUAAUUUUUGAAAAAUCAAGUUCAGGUUUAUUUUGUAGAUAAUCUCAAGAGCUACGAGUUGAGCUCAAAAUUAUUGAUUUUUGAGCUAGAAUUUUAGCCAGAAUUCAGAUUUUUAAAAAUUAAAUUUAGGCUCAUUUUGUAUCCCUUGAAAUUUUCUACAAAAUGAGCCUAAAUUUAAUUUUUCAAAAAUAAAAAAAAAAUAAAUUUGGGCUCAUUUUGUAGAGAAUUUCAAGAGCUAAAUACGAAAUGAAUACAAAGUUAAUUUUUGAAAAUCCUAAUUUUGGCGGAAAUUUCCGGUUAAAAUUCAUGAAUUUCGAAUUGAUUUUGAAGCCCUUAAAAUUCUCUAUAAAAUGAACCUGAAUUUAAUUUUUGAAAAAAUUUUCAAAUUUGAGAUGUUCAGCCAAAGAUAGGUUUCUGAAAAAAUCAAUAAAACUUGAAAAUUCCUGUUUUUUUUUAAGUCUUCAGAAUUCUUGAAAAAAUUCCUCCAUUUUUCAGGGCGACCGUAGUUCAAUGGACCUCGAUUUCGAACUCCAACAAUUGGGUCUCGAACCGAUUGGAAGACCUUGA